AUGGCAUUGCACGCUAAAGACUACAAAACUGAACGAGGGGCAUAUAAGGGGCAGCAGAAGGUUCUAAUUAGACAUGACCACCGCAAAGGCAAGGAACAUGUUUACCCCAAACCAUGGAAGACAUCAAAGGGAUACGGAACGGCCGCUGGACGAGCUACGCACCUUGGUCGGAACGUCGGGGGUAAAGGGGACCGACUUGUGUGGAAGAGUGGUCCGCUCGCGCUCGAUUUCUGCGACUCCGAAUCCGAUUUUGAUUGUGCAUAUGAGGCGAAUGACGAGCAUGAGAGCGUCUUCGGAGACGAAAAUGAAUGGUAUAUGCGGGCUGCAGGAGACAAUGAUGAUAAGACAUUUCCAGAACUAUCAGAAUCUUAUGACCUUCAGCUCGCUCAAGCAAUCAGUCUCUCGUUAGCAGAAGCAGCAACGACCAUCUCGCGUUCAUCUGACGACAACAACUUCAACAUUAACGAAUUCGAAGCGGAGUCGCUAAUUGAUGAAGCAGACGAAUUCUCGUUCAUGGGAACAUGCAUCGACAGCGAUUCGGACGCAAUGGGCGCGGAUUGCGAAUUUGACGAGACCGGCUCGGCGGGUCUGGACGAAACGGAAUGGGUGGAGGUUGAUGAGUUUGCAGUGAACGAGCGUCCUACAUAUGCACAGAUGACGAAGGUGGAGGUUACUUGAAAGACCCUCUUUACCUGUUAUUCAAAAGAAAUAAAAAUAAAAAAGAAU